UGGCAACCCCAGCAGCCUGCCCUGUGAGGCGCCAGCAUGGACGACAUCUACAAGGCCGCGGUAGAGCAGCUGACAGAAGAACAGAAAAAUGAGUUCAAAGCAGCCUUUGACAUCUUUGUGCUGGGCGCCGAGGAUGGCUGCAUCAGCACCAAGGAGCUAGGCAAGGUGAUGAGGAUGCUGGGCCAGAACCCCACACCUGAGGAGCUUCAGGAGAUGAUUGAUGAGGUGGACGAAGACGGCAGUGGCACAGUGGACUUCGAUGAAUUCUUGGUCAUGAUGGUUCGGUGCAUGAAGGACGACAGCAAAGGAAAGUCCGAGGAGGAGCUGUCUGACCUCUUCCGCAUGUUUGACAAGAAUGCAGAUGGCUACAUUGACCUGGAGGAGCUGAAGAUAAUGCUGCAGGCCACAGGCGAGAUCAUCACAGAGGAUGACAUUGAGGAGCUCAUGAAGGAUGGUGAUAAGAACAAUGAUGGCCGCAUCGACUAUGACGAGUUCCUGGAGUUCAUGAAGGGGGUGGAGUAGAAACUGACCCUCAUCCAGAGCUGCCUGUGCCCAGGCCGACUCCAGCUGGGCCCUGGGAUAAAGCAAGGGCCAGGGUCUCAGUGCCUGAAUCUGGCUGUGUUCUUGACCCCUCGCCCCACCUCCCCACCCCAUCCUGGGCAAUGCAAAUAAAAUCUUGCUCCCAGAG